CCACUACCGAUUUAACCACCGAAAAGUCAUAAGGUCUACCUAUUCCAUGCGAGCACUUAUUUCAGAGUGGCAAUGUUGGCCAAAAUUGCGCCCCUAAUCAAACACGUCUCCUGGAUCUGCCACAUAGAUGCACUGUUGUCUUUUUCAGUGCUACAUAUAUAAAUGCGGCCGACUUCACUUAUUUCAUCACCGACUUCAUAAACCAAGCCAUUACCUUCCGUCUCUCUUGAGCUUCACGCUACAAAUAUAUCCAAUCUACUCUUCUCGUACCUUUCAUUCUCUUUAAAGGCCCAAAGAUGGCUCCACCCACGACCAUUCGCGAAGCGUGCGAUAUCAUUCUGGAACAACUGCAGGACUUCAAUGACACAGACAAGAUCAACGACCUUCGCUCGGCCAUUACGGACUUCAUUGAGGCACAGACUACUAUGCAGACAGUAUCGAUUCGUGUCUUGGCCCUAGGCCAAAGAGAAGACCCUCAAAUGCAGCCCAUCGUUGAGCGGACCAACGAAGAAAAAUACAAACAGACUCUGAGAUCAUUAUCAGGUGCCAAGAAAGAACUAUUCAAGGCUGUUAACUAUCGGGCGCUCCUGGAAACGAUGAUGAGGUGUCUGGAUGAUAAGGAUCUGGAAAAGUUGCGCUCUACUGCCGCGAAGCAACUAAGGGUUCUUAUGAUUGAGCACGGUUAUGUUUGAUAUAGACAACCUCGCUCAAACAGGUGUCGGUGGACAUGGGCGAACGCACUCGAACAUAGAGUGUCUAAGAGUGGCUGAUCAUAGAAAUUGUGCGAAAGAGACAGGGAAUUAUGUUGCCCCGGAUAGCUAAACAUGUGGACGGCAGUAAUAGUGAUCAUAUUUCUCUUAUAUUUGAGAUGGGACAAAUUUGGCAGAUAGUAUUGAGUGGUUCAACAUCUUGACAUCUCUUCAUAUUUCUUGUAAUGAUGAUAUGACAGAAGAAACUCGCG